AUGCCUCCUAAAGUAUCUGCUAAAGGGGCGAAAAAGGCUGUUAAGUCACAGAAGCCACGUUCCAAUGACAAGAAGAAAAGGAACAGGAGGAAGGAAUCGUAUUCAGUUUAUGUCUACCGUGUAUUGAAGCAAGUGCAUCCUGAUACAGGAAUUUCGUCAAAGGCAAUGUCUAUAAUGAAUUCGUUCGUCAACGAUGUAUUUGAAAGAAUCGCUGCCGAAGCCAGUCGUCUGGCUCAGUACAACAAAAGGUCAACGAUCUCUUCUCGUGAAAUCCAAACUGCAGUUCGUUUAAUUCUGCCGGGUGAGCUAGCGAAGCAUGCUGUCUCAGAAGGUACAAAAGCAGUUACGAAGUAUACCAGUUCCAAAUAA